CGACUGACUGACACGAACAUUUCGAGGUUAGAACCUAAUGUCAAUUUGUCAUUUUCAAAAAAUAUUUUGGUUUUUGAAUUGGAACAGACUAACAGACGAAAUAAUAAUUUCAAAUUUUCUAUUCUGGCUUCAUGCUUCAAGCUCUGAUUGGACUAAACACCCGCUGGGUCAAAGUCUCCAUAUAAAAAACUGGUGUAGAAAUGGGGAUACUAGUUCAGUAGAUUUUAUUUAUGCCAGUCAUGAUCAAUAAUUCCUCAAAGCACUUACAUUUUUCUAAACUAUGGAAACAGCUUUAUAAUAGAGGAUAUCACAAUGGUCCAAGAGUGCUGUACCCACAUAGGAGUCAACUCUAUUCAGGCAUUUGUCUCAUUAAAAUGAACAGAUCUCCCAACUUGCAGUAUCUUAGCAAUAAAGUUAAAGAAGAGGAACCUAUCAAAACUCAAUCAAUUAAAAAUGAUGAAAUUAAUAAUCAAAAUGUAAUCAUUACAGAAACUCCAUCAAGAAGAGAAAAACUACAAAAGGCUGUCAAGGAGUAUGGAUCAACUGUUAUAAUUUUUCAUGUAGGGAUGUCCUUAGUAUCACUGGGUACUUCUUAUCUUUUAGUAUCUGCUGGUUUAGAUUCAUCAGCAGUUUUCAAUGUUCUGGGAUUAAAAGAAUGGGCAGAAAAUAGUCAGUUAGCUGCUAAUGCUGGAACAUUUGCUGUAGCCUAUGCUAUCCACAAAGUAUUUGCCCCAGUGAGAAUAACAAUUACUCUUGCUGCAGUUCCUUUUAUUGUCAGGUAUCUGAGGAGAGUUGGUUUCUUGAAAAAAUAA